AUGUAUGAUGAAUUCAACUUGCAAUUUGUAGUUGGCAAGAAGUUUAAAUCAAAAGAGGACUUGAAGGAAGCUAUUUUGACUUCUGGAAAAAACUUUAACGUUGUUUUCUCUGUCAAGGGCUCUCAUCCCAAAAAAAGGAGACAUGGAGGCUUCAAGCGCAUCAGAGAUGAUGAAAUUGAUGAAUCUACCUUAAUUGAUCUCAAGACUGGAGAAGAAAUUGAGGUCGUCGACACUACGAUUGAAUCCGAUUUAAUUGAAGAAGCACCUACCAAGGUUGUUUUAAAGACCAAGUACAAGAAAAGUACUCAAAAGCUCGGAUGUGUUGCUUUUAUCAAGAUAUUUAACCUAACUGUCAAGAGUAGCAAUGCUAUGCAUAGCCAUCCAAUCUCACAAGAUGCUAUCACCUAUGCAACCCAUCGCGAACAACACCCUGAAGUUAUGGAGCAAACUCACUCUAUCUUAGACGAUGGUCAUAAAAUUUGA